AUGGCUCCUGCCUGUAAGCCAUCAGGAUCCAGGAUCAGAGAGUUAGUGUUGAGCUGUAGUAACUCCAACUGCGUUGUGGUGCUCACGGACUCCCAGGGUACCUUUACCUCCCCCUGCUACCCCCAAGUGUACCCCAAAAGUCAGGCCUGCAAGUGGACUCUGCAGGCCCCGGCUGGAUUCAUUGUGCAAAUAACCUUCUUCAACUUUGAUCUCGAGGAGGCCGUGGGGUGCAUCUAUGACCGCGUCAUUGUCAACACCGGAAACCAAGAUGUGAAAUUUUGUGGCUUAACAGCCAACGGACUGACACUAAACUCCACCAGCAAUGUGAUGGAGAUGUCAUUUAACUCAGACUCUAGCGUCCAAAAGAACGGAUUCAAUGUCAGUUACAGGCAAGUUGCCGUGCCGCUGAGGGACCAGAAGGUCAUGUUGCCGAACGGCAAUGGCAAAGUGGUCAAGGUCUCCAAUUCAGUGACCAUACCGACCCUUCAGCAGUUCACCGUGUGCUUUGAGGUAGCCCGCUCCAACCAAAAGAACAAGGAAACCAUCUUCUCUUACACCCGGCAAGAGGACAGCAGUGGUGAUGAAGCCCUAAGUUUCGGAAUGAACCAGGAUGGAAUGGCACUGGUCAUGAGUAACGAGACAUGUCUGGUAGACUCUAUCCUCAAUCCCUCGGACUUCACCUCCACCAUGAAGCCAUUCUGUCUCACAUGGGCCUCCACCACAGGCAAGGUGACCCUUUACUACAACAGAAACUCCCUGACCAAGACCUGCUCUAACACAAAUGGGCGCUUGGUGGGGGCCGGGGGCCUCUUCAGGCUGGGGGGCAAGAAUAGCUUCGAUGGGACCAUCUAUAACUUCCGCCUGUGGGAUAAUGCCAUGAGCAUGACACAGUUGGCCAACCUUACCUGUGACGCCGUCGGUAACGUCAUUGACUGGGACAACAGCUUCUGGGACAUCCCCUCUUUGCUGGCACAGACGGACAGAACACUGAGCUGCAGUGACUCUAAAACCUCACUGGGCUACAUCUCCACCCCCCUCUUCUGGCCCGUGAGGAAGAAACCUGAGGCCACCAUCAGACCCAUCCUCUAUCUGACCAAGCCUCCUCCUGUACCCAAGGUGAUCACAACAACAACAGCGCUGGUGGCCAGGGACAACCCCUUCAGCCUCUUCCAAUAUGACUCACCCUACUCCCUGGAUGAAGGCCUGGCUCUGGCCGCCUCUGGCCCACACAACCUUUCCCAUGCUGGGGCUGGAGUCAGCACUGAGGGCCCGGACCGUGUGACUAUGGGCAGCCCUGUUACCGCCGGGGGAGGAGGGGAACAUUUACACAAUCAAUCAGAGCCCAGUUUGCCCUGGGAGGCGUUGGCAGGAGGCACUCUGGCAGAGGCUGGAGGAGAGGCUGGGACUGGGGAACAGGAACAACCACACCACCAGGCGCUCCUCCCAGCCACCAUGACAGACGAAUGGGCCUCCUCUCAGUCCUCACCUCCUAAUACAAUCUCCCCAAGCAGACUGGAGUGGAUGGAUGUAUUGCCCACCAGGUUCAGCUUGGUCUCUCUCAGCUCUGACCCCCUGUCUGAGACAGCCUUGCCAGAGAAGCUUCAUAUCACCAAUUUUACUGAAUGGGAAAGUAAAGAUGGGAUGGAGAGACACUCGGCUCCAGAGUUAGGAGAGGAAGUCCACGUCACCUCACGCAGAGCAACCCGUCUGUAUCCCAGCUUGGACACCAUGGGACCUUACACAACUAUGAUGAUGGAUCUGAAUAUGUCUCCCAGACCAGCCCUCUCCUCCUCCAUGCUAGCCCCCUCUCCCUCUCCAGCCCUGCCAACGCCAUACAUCAGCAGAACAUCUGUCCAGCCUAGCAGUGACUUACAGCUGGAGAGUAAAAGAUACACCUGCCAGGCCCUGCUGGUCUACAAGACCACCACCAACGUGACCCUGGUAGAAGCUGCCAUCUUCACCAGGUUGGGCAGAAGCGUCGCCGUGCAGUCUGUCGAGAACUGCACGAGGGAAACUCCCCUCCAUUACAUCUGGCCAGAGAGCAGACCGACGGUCACUCAGUACAUCCCCUGUUUCCCCAACAAAGACCAGACCGCAUCCAGAACAUGUGUGAUCAGCCCCCUGAAUUACACAGCGUUUUGGGGCGCCCCAGACCUCAGGAAUUGCAUUGAUAUCGGUACCAUCAAAGUGUCAGCAGAGAAUGCUGCCGAAGUCGCCGUCCAGCUUGAUGACAUCACCAACAACGAGCUCUCCACAGACGAGGUGUUCAAGGUGGCGAGAAAGGUUAAUGAGCUGGUGAAAGUGGCCAAGAUCAACACCCCUCUGGCCAAAACCGUAGUUAGCAUCCUCUCUAACGUGAUGACCAGCUCUGUGUCAGCCCUGACUGCAGCCUCGGAGUGCACAUUGAAGACGGUGGAUGAGCUGGUUCAGAAGAUAGAGUUUGAUGGGCCUACAGUAAACAUAACCUCGAAAAAUCUGGCUCUGGGAAUUUCAGCCCUCAACUACAGCAAGUUCAAUGGGACCUCCUUCAGUGCCUUCAUACACCCCAACACCACAGACCUCCAGGUUGCCUUUAAGUCGGAUCAGCUGAACCCCCUGGCUCAGGUCACACUGCCAGCUACACUGCUCAACAACCUGACCCUGACCAAUGCUGAGAUUGCUGCUGUCUCCAGGAUUAACUUCAUGUUCUUCCGGAAAACAGGACUAUUCCAGGAUGAACAGGACGGGCUAUCUCUUAACAGCUAUGUUGUGGCCAGCAGUGUGGGCAAUUACUCCAUCAGUAACCUGCAGGAUCCAGUAGAGAUCGAGAUAGUACACCUGAACUACCAGACAAAACCAGAGCCAACCUGCAUGUUCUGGGAUUUCACCAUGAAGAAUGGUACAGGUGGCUGGAACAGUAAAGGCUGCAGGGUUAGUCCCAUGUCCAAUAGAAACAAGACUAUCUGCCUUUGUGAUCAUCUCACACACUUUGGCAUCCUAAUGGAUAUCUCUGGAUCCGCUGUACAGAUUGAUGAGAAAAACACCAAGAUUCUCACUUUCAUCACCUACAUCGGAUGUGGCAUAUCGGCCAUCUUUUCUGCUGCAACGCUUCUGACUUAUAUUGCCUUUGAGAAGUUACGUCGUGACUACCCCUCUAAGAUCCUGAUGAACCUGAGCACGUCGCUGCUGUUCCUCAACAUGGUGUUCCUAUUGGAUGGCUGGCUGGCUUCCUUCGAUGUGGAGGGCCUGUGUGUAGCCGUGGCCGUCUUCCUCCACUUCUUCCUGCUCACAUCCUUCACCUGGAUGGGCCUCGAGUCCAUCCACAUGUACAUCGCCCUGGUCAAAGUCUUCAACACCUACAUCCGGAGGUACAUCCUCAAGUUCUGCAUCGUCGGCUGGGGUCUGCCUGCUGCGAUAGUGGCCAUAGUGGUAGCUUUUGACAAAAACUCCUAUGGGAAAAUACAGUAUGGAAAGGGGGAGACUGGACAAGGAUCUUCUGAAUUCUGUUGGAUCCGGAGCCAGGUUGUGUUCUAUGUGACGUGUGUGGGCUACUUCUCUGUCCUCUUCCUCCUGAACGUGGCCAUGUUCAUCGUGGUUAUGAUCCAGAUCUGCGGUCGUAACGGGAAGCGUAGCAACCACACGCUGCGUGAGGAGAUGCUGAGGAACCUGAGGAGCGUCAUCAGUCUCACCUUCCUCCUGGGCAUGACCUGGGGUUUCGCCUUCUUCGCCUGGGGACCCGUCAACCUGGCCUUCAUGUACCUCUUCUCCAUCUUCAACUCACUGCAGGGUUUAUUCAUCUUCAUAUUCCACUGUGCACUGAAGGAGAAUGUCCAGAAACAGUGGAGGAGAUACUUGUGUUUUGGCAGAUUCCGCCUGUCAGACAACUCAGACUGGAGCAAGACAGCCACUAACAACACCAAAAAGGCCAGCUCAGACACCGUGAGGAAGUCCCUGUCCUCCAGCUCUUUUGGCUCCAGUACAGCAAACUGGACUUCCAAGGCCAAAGCAACUCUAAACCCCUUUGCAAAGCGCAGCAGGAAUGCAGGUAAAGGUUUCUCCAACCAGACCAAUGCUAAAACUGUCUCCUCAGAGGGUGAGGCCUCCUCCUCCAUCAUCCCCGUGCAUCAGGUCAUUGACAAGGUCAAAGGUUACUGCUCGGUGCGCUCCGACAACUUCUACAAGAACAUUAUCAUGUCGGACAGCUUCAGCCACAGCACCAAGUUCUAG